UUUUGCGGCCCGAAGAAAAGGCUUGGGUUUGUGCAAUUUUUCAUCUUGUUUAGCAGAUGGGAUUUAAAUACAACUUGAUUCCCUGAACAAGAUGGAAAGAAGGAAAGAGUUGGAAGGUAUAUGAUGGAUGCUCGUCCGGUUCAGUUUCGCUCGUUUUUGCAUGAGACGUUGUUUGUGUUUACUAUAUGCAUGGCCCAAUUCUUAACCCAAGGUAGUAUUGUGAUGUCAUUAUCUACGAUGAAUAUCAUCCUAGAUUCAUUUGCCCAAAAAGGCGACAUCCAGGACGGAGAGAAGGUUUGGUUCAUGGGAUCUUUCGCUUUGACGGUGGGGACGUUCAUAUUAAUCUCUGGUAAAUUGGGGGAUACAUUUGGAUUGAAAAAAAUGUUUAUAAUUGGAUGGGGUUGGUGUUGUAUUUGGUCUCUCAUCACUGGGAUCUCUACUUAUUCGAAUUCGCUAGUCUUUUUCAUUAUAUGCAGAGCAUUCCAAGGCAUUGGUUUUGCAAUCUUGUUACCGUGUGCCAUGGGGAUUGCAGGGAAACUUUAUUCUCCUGGUAAGCGGAAAAAUUUGGUUUUUGGUUGUGUUGGUGCUAGUGGUCCGAGUGGUGCUGCUCUUGUCUGUUUAUUGGCUGCGGUAGUUGGGGAGAAAACUACUUGGUCUUGGGAAUUUUAUUUAUUGAGUAUAAGUCUUGCCAUAUUUGGAAUAUUGGCUUUUAUCGUGGUACCGACCGACGAACCCUUAUCCCAUGGGUCCAUUUGGAAAACUUUUAACAGCAAAUUCGACUCGGCUGGCUCUUGUUUAGGAGUGUGCGGAUUAAUUCUUUUAAAUUUUGUGUGGAAUCAGGGCCCAAUCGUUGGUUUUAGCAAGGUUUAUAUCAUAGUCUUAUUGAUUAUCUCUGUUUUAUUAAUCAUUGCCUUUUUCUAUUAUGAGUUGAAUCUUGCUAAAGAACCCUUAUUACCAAAAUCCAUUUUCCAUCCCAAAAUCGGUUUGGUUUUAGCUUCUCUUUCUUUUGGUUGGGGGUCUUUUGGUAUUUGGCAAUAUUAUUAUUGGAACUCCAUCUUGAACCUCAGAGGUUAUUCUGCUAUUGAAGGCGGUCUUACCUAUAUACCCUUCUUGGUCUUGGGGAUCAUUGCUGCAUUUUCCUGUUCCGUCAUUAUUUCUAAAAUAAAACCCUCUUUUAUCAUGCUAGCUGCUUCAAUUGCCUUCAUGUGCGGAUGUAUUAUGCUAUCAAUCAUGCCCAUUGAUCAAUCCUUUUUCCAAAUUUCUCUUGGUCAAAUGUUUUUGCUAGCUUGGGGCAUGGACCUCAGCUUCCCUGCUGCUUCCUUGAUUUUGUCUGAUUUUUUACCAAGUCACCAACAAGGUAUGGCUGGUAGUUUAGUCUCUACAAUGAUCAAUUAUUCGGUAUCCCUCUUCCUUGGUAUAGGUACCACUGUUGAGACCAAUGUGAAAAGCUCUGGUACUGACGUCCUCACAUCUUAUAGGGCUGCCACCUAUUUUGGCAUUGCAGUAGCUGGCUUAGCCGUAGUCUCUUCUUGCAUUUUCAUUCUUGUCCAGUAUUCUUCGAGCGACUCGGCGGGAACCUUCCACUUAGAAAGCCCGCUGACUUCGGACGUUGAAAAAAUUGAUUCAACCGAAUCCCCUACAUUUUUAUAGACAUGUAUACUAAUAUUUCUUAAAUACUUGCAGCUGUAGCUAUACUACUUUCAUUGGUGUGU